UUGAGUUUAUCUGCACUGAUAUGGCAUGCAGUUAGAGAGCUUUGGACUAUUGGAUCUUUAAGAUAUUCAUAUUUUUUUAAUUUAUCUAAUACUUUUUAUUUAAUACAGAGGUUAAACUCUGUGUGGCGGGACACCCAUUUUAGUAGCAUCACCGAUGAUGGAUUCAGCAACUGGAGUUCUUCAUCCCUACUGGCCACGGGACCUUUUGAUUCCCACCUAUGUGGCCAAUGACCGAUCUAUGUCAGAGAUUCUGGCGUUCCUGUUUUCUGUGUCUGGGGUGUUUCUGCUUGUGACCUGGCUGAUCACGGGCCAGAAAGGGACCACUGGCAGGCUGGGGACAUGGAGGCGUCUGGCUGUGUGCUGGUUUGCCGUUUGUGGUUUCAUCCAUGGCGUCAUUGAGGGAUGGUUCUCACUGUACUAUGAUAUUAUUCCAGGAGACCAGAGCUUCCUGUCACAGCUGUGGAAAGAGUACUCAAAAGGAGACAGUCGAUAUGUAAUAGCGGAUAACUUUACUGUCUGUAUGGAAACUGUGACUGCAUGGUUAUGGGGACCUUUCAGCUUUUGGGCUGUGUUCGCCUUCUUAACUAACAAGCCCUACAGAUUUGUUCUGCAGCUCAUCAUUUCAUUAGGCCAGCUGUAUGGAGCAGUGCUUUACUUCUACACGGAGCACAGAGAUGGUUAUGCUCACAGUGAGUUGGGACACCCAAUCUACUUCUGGUUCUACUUUGUGUUCAUGAACGUGCUGUGGAUCAUCAUACCGCUGGUGCUCAUUGUGGAUGCAUGGAGACAGCUGUCAGCAGCCCAGACACACACUGACAACACAAAGUCACACAAGUCUAAGAGGAACUGACAACAGGAAGAAUUGUUGUUAAAAAAACCACUAUGUUAAACAGUGCCUGAAUUGGGCCAAAAAAAGGUGCCAGUACCCUAAUUCAGAAGUUGCAUGACAUGAUCAUGGCAUGUGUCUUGGAAAUAUUUAUAUUAUAUAAUAAAAAAUUAGAAGUAGGGUACUCAUGUGGACAAAAAUCAAAAGUGCCGUUGCUCAGUACUGGUGAGUACUGGCCCAUUUCAGGCACGGAUGUUAAAAUUUGAGGCAAUAGAAAGGAUUAAUUACAUGUGUCAUCAAUGGUUUGUCAUGUGGUACCUGUAAACUAAGAACUUCAUUUUCAAGUGCAGCUUGUUCUUUGUGCAUCUGGCUUUGUGAGAAUAGCCAAAUAAAACAUCUUUUC